GAUUUGCACAUUAUUGGCCUCAAUACCUUCACUUUUGUGUCGUGUCCAAAAUCCCUUCGUCCAUCUCCGCCGCUGACAGCCACGCAACAACACACGAGGGAGCGGCAAAUCGUGACCUAGACCUCUCUCCAAACAUCGACACCUACCUUCGACCAUGGCCUCCGCCGCCGUUGAAAACCCGGUAAACACCCUCGCACCACACAAGAAACUCUCUCCAUCAUCAAUACCGAACAUCGACUCCCUCGAAGGCACCACCGCCGAAGAGAAAGACCAGUACUCUACCUUCAAGCGGCUGCAACGACAACUCGAAUGGAUCAACCUGCAAGAAGAGUACAUCAAAGAUGAGCAACGGUCGCUCAAGCGCGAGCUGGUGCGAGCCCAGGAGGAGAUCAAGCGGAUCCAGUCGGUGCCGCUGGUCAUUGGACAGUUCAUGGAGGCGAUCGAUCAGAACACCGGGAUUGUGCAGUCGUCCACUGGGUCGAACUAUGUCGUUCGGGUAUUGUCGACGCUGGACCGCGAGCUGUUGAAGCCGAGCAGUAGCGUGGCGUUGCACCGACACUCGAACGCACUGGUCGACAUCCUCCCUCCUGAAGCCGAUUCGAGCAUCGCGAUGCUCGGCGACAAUGAAAAGCCUGAUGUGACGUACGCAGAUGUCGGUGGUCUGGACAUGCAGAAGCAAGAAAUUCGAGAAGCGGUGGAGUUGCCGUUGACGCACUUUGACUUGUACAGGCAAAUCGGCAUCGACCCCCCACGCGGCGUCCUCCUCUACGGCCCCCCCGGAACCGGCAAGACCAUGCUUGUCAAAGCCGUCGCCAAUAGCACUACCGCCUCCUUCAUCCGCGUCGUCGGCUCCGAAUUCGUCCAGAAAUACCUCGGCGAGGGCCCGCGCAUGGUCCGCGACGUGUUCCGCAUGGCCCGCGAGAACUCCCCGGCCAUCAUCUUCAUCGACGAGAUUGACGCCAUCGCCACCAAGCGCUUCGAUGCGCAGACCGGCGCCGACCGCGAGGUGCAGCGCAUCUUGCUGGAGCUGUUGAAUCAGAUGGACGGAUUCGACCAGACGAGCAACGUCAAGGUCAUCAUGGCGACAAAUCGCGCGGACACGCUGGAUCCCGCGCUGUUGCGGCCCGGGCGACUGGAUAGGAAGAUCGAGUUCCCGAGCCUGCGGGAUCGCCGGGAGCGGCGGUUGAUUUUCAGCACGAUUGCGAGCAAGAUGAGUUUGAGUCCGGAGGUGGAUUUGGAUUCGCUGAUCGUGCGGAACGAUCCGUUGAGUGGUGCGGUGAUUGCCGCGAUCAUGCAGGAGGCCGGAUUGAGGGCGGUGAGGAAGAAUCGGUAUAAUAUCAUUCAAGGCGAUCUGGAGGAUGCGUAUGCGAGCCAGGUGAAGGCUGGUGGGGAGAAGGAUGCGUUCGAGUUCUAUAGGUAGUGGAUACGAAUACCUGGCAUUUGUUUCCGGUCGUUUCAGCGGCGUUCAUCCACCGAGGAGGCGUGUAAUAUACCAUAGACAUAGGGAUGAAAGUCGUGGUUUUGGGUGUGCACCUUCCAUUUCAAUUAAUGCUGAGCUAUCCUGUUGACACUAUUUCCUCCGCAAACAGGUCCUCUAGUAGAUCAUCAAAGAAUGCCUCUCGAUCCGGAGGCAGCAUGCUAUACGUCCCUUCA